AUGUUUCCGUCGCAAAACCUAUCCAGGUUCGCGCGCCGCCUGUCACAGCGAUCACUGAGGCGGCCCAACACGACGGACACACUAGCAGUGAAUACAGACAGUAGCCCUAACGCAUUGAGCACUGUUGAGGAGGAGGAGAAUUGGUCUGAUUGGGAGGACGCCGGUGCCGUAGGCCAUGAGGGUCAAGAUCAAGGCGCGUCGGGUAGCGGCAGUCGCGGCGACGCUGUGGCACCCGACGUCGUUGCUUCUCCAGGUCAUAUAUACCCUCCCAACUCUGCGGGGCGCCGCUCAGACAGAGCGUCGAAACAUGCGCGUCGACGAGCGAGUGUUCCCAGCGAUCUGAAGAAGCUGCUGCUGGAUUUUCCUCUUCCUCCAAAAUCUAUACCGACACCUCCUUCUGCAACCACUAGUCGCCGUGAGGAGCUCACUCCGAUAGCGGAUGAGCAUUCCAUCUUCCAUGAUACCGAUCCAUUUCGCACGUCUGGCUUGGGACGAGAGCCGCAGGACUGUGCAGCGACUAUCAAGGCCUUGAGUGCCAUCACCUCUUCUGGGAAGGAAUCUUCAUUCUACACAGCGCGGUCCCGCGUCUCGACAGGAUCUGAUGGCUCGGGUACACGGACGGCUGGGUCUUCUACGUCGUCUCCUCCCUUGCCAAAGACCCCGACCCUGCCACCCACUCCCCCACCUCCGGCGAAAUCGCGACCUGUCACGCCUCGGGACGCGCCCAAUCAGCUAAUCGAACUAACGCGGGGUACAAGUCAUAGGCGUACUGCGUCUCUUCUAUCACACUCGACUGCUAUUUCCAAAGCAACCGCGUCUUUACGUCGUGUUGGUUCCACCAUAAAGUCCUCUGUGCACGAAUUGAGGAAGACCCCGUUCAGGCACAAGAGAAGUGCCUCUACAGAUGCUCUGAGAGCCACCGCUCCGCCAACUGCUAGCUUUCAACUUCCCAGUAUUGAGCCGCAAGGCUUUCAUGUCGAGCUGCCUGUUUUUGAUAGCCCACGGCAAUCGCUCAAUGCUUCACCUCAGACACCGCUCGCGCGCAGACAGUCGUUCUAUGGCUCAUUGGAAGAUCUUCCCUCUCCUAGCCCGACGCCAUCGGCAACACUACGCACGCGUUAUUUAUCUGCGCCAUCACUACUCAGCCCUCGGACGGACAAUGCACCUUUUGUGCCACAUGCCGCAUUCCUCACCAAGCCUUCUUUCACUCCCCAUCCACCACGACCAACUCGCGCUAUACCGCCGGAGCCGCCCAAAUUGUCUCCCUUACCGUACUGGGACCCUCCUCCCUUCGCUCGCUAUGAGUGCGUCGACCCUCUCACCCUGGGAACAUCUGAGACGACAGAUUCGCGCAUGCUUCCCAGCGCAGUCUCGUCAGCCCAUCAUUCUCCAUCAUGGUUAUCGCGUAAUGUAAGCGGAUUUGAGCAUGCACUCAGGAUGUCAGAGUACGAACCAGCGGCAGCGAGAUCUCCGAAUCGCGACUCGACAUCCAAUUUCUCCAACUCAUCGCACGAGAGCAUGGUUUCAAGCGAUUCAUUCUACUCCAACCUUGUUGAGGCGUCGGAUAUUGGGUCCCCGUCGUCAAUCAGUCCGAGUCCUUCAGCUUUGCCAUCACCUCCAACACCAUCGUUGUCCUUCCGCGGUGUUCGACGCCAGCCAUCAUACGUUACGUCUUCGACGACAACCAGCGAACCAUUCUCCAUUCGUGGAUACAUAGACAUCCAGGACGUUCGCUCAACGCGCACAAAGCUCACGAUUGACACUCACAUCCUCCCGCAUCCGGCUAAACGGCCUCGUAGGCUUCAGGCUCCUGCGUUCACGCCAGCGUCUCGCUCUGUCUCAUCCACCUCGAGGACGCCAGUCUCGUCUAGACCACCAUUCCAACGCCAGAGGACACGAUCUCGUUCGAACUCGGUGACACGCGCAACCAUCACUCACUUUCGCCGCUCUAUAGUAGAGCACAGGAAACAAAGUCGAGCAACACUCACGGCAUCGCGCCGCACAGACGCUACCGCUAUUCGGGCCGAGAGCACGCCUGCGUCGCGCCCUCGGAACACGCCUCUCAAGUACACACCCAGCACGACAGCCGCGCCCUCUGCUGCGAGCACUACAACUUACGCCCGCUCGACGACAACCGCUUCGUUGCCGCCGCCGAGCCUCGGAACUGUUGAUCCAGCGGAUAUCGCACCUUCCUCAAGCGCUUCAUCAUCGACUCUCGCUCCCGAUCGUAUACUCUCUGCAUACUACUACUCCUUAACGUUAUCAAAUAUGGCUGCGAUAUUCGGGAAGCCCGCGGACACUGUAGAUUUUGGUGGAGAGGUGGAUUAUGACGGAUACGACUGGUUUAAAGAACCCGCUCCUGCUCGGGCAGCUCCUCCACCUCAAGAACCACCACCGCCACAGUUCAUCCCCCAUCAAGAUGUGAUCGAACAGAACGCUCAGCUGGAGUACGCCUGCGCCGCUAUGCCGAAUGUACUGACGCAGAGAUGGAAGGCAUUUGGUCAGGUCGGCGUUCUUGGUUUUUGCUCGGAAUUUGAAGAGCUGCAUGAAGCUAUCAAACGGCUUGGCGUCGACGGCAACAUGUUCGUGCAAACACGAACUGCCGCGCUUGCCGCCUGCUCGACCAUCCUUGAACUCGAACUUCUCCAGGAUGUCAGGCUUCAAAUCAUUUUAUUGCUUCUCUCUGGACUCAUCCAGAAGUUACGUCGCUUUCUCGAUCCCGAACCCAUAAAACCCUACGACGAUUAUCCCCAAAUAAACUUUCCUAUCGACCCUUACGAGUUCCGUUGA